AUGAACACAAUCAAUGAAUCGGUGUUUCAAAAGCCAAAGGCUCAAGAUGAUCAAGGGCUAGAAGAGGAAGCCAAGUACUUGUUGGUCAGAACCCUGGACGUUUGGCGGUUUUCAACUGCUGACUUCGUAUUGUUUCAGAAUGGGAAAGAUGUGGCUCUUGAAAAGGAUCACUUUAAAGGGAAGGCUUUAGCUUCAAGUAUUGCCCCGACGGUCUUGAUACACGGAGAUGAGGGAGAGGGUGUCAUUCACUCGCGCCUUAACGAGAGCGGCAUCGAUAUACUCUCAAUAGGUCCCAACACCGGGAGUGGCCAAAAGAUUCUCGUUUUGAGCGAUGGGCGUACUGGCCUUGUGUUCAGAAACGUAGUUUUACGACGUUUCCUUGCCCAAGACGCUUGA